UCAUGUUGUAUGAAUUCCUAACGCUGCGGAACAGUGAGAACGAGCCAAGGUUAAGACCAACCGACGCACAUCAGGGCAAUGAGGGAGUAGUAUCGAGCAAUGAAGUAGAAUGCUUUGGAUGAUGCCCAUGGCGUUCUAUUGGAAGCUUAGUGAGUGGCCACGAGCGGGAGCUAUGUUUCGGAAGUGCGACCCGCCUCCAGAUAUGAAUGACCUCGAGAUCUGUCGUAAGGCAGAUAUCAUAGAAGAGAAAACACAGUGCUGCCAGGGUGCUGUGUGUAAUGUCAAGCGACUGUGUUCGUGCCUCGAGUGUCUCGACUUGUAUGCCGCCGACGGCCGCUGUAGUGGCAGAAUGAUUGCCAGCCAUGGUGGUUGCUCAGUCGACGAUGACAGGAUCCGUCAGUGUCACUGCACCUUGGGAAGGAACGCGUACAUAACGAAGAUGGGUUGUCAUUGUCCAGCCUAUUCGUAUAGUUCCGGACUCAGGGGUACAUCGGACCCAUAGUUGUUUCAAGCCCUUGAAGCCGAACGGUCAAAGCAAGGCUGUACAAUAAGCUCGGACGCUAAGACAUCUUGGGCGAUAUCUCCCCGGGACUAUUAUUGGUGAAGCAUGAUCAUGACCAGCUCGGUGCGCCGGUCAACAAAAGGGCUGAGUGGAAACCGCGUCGGAGAUCUUGGCACAGACAUAGCCCGUGAUCGCCCAGGGAGAACACUUUCCUAGACUUUGA